AUGUCGGAUAUCAGCGUAAUCUUAACUUCUUAUCUCUCUGUUAUCUCUUCGCGCGUACUUAAACAGAACAAUGACUACCCAACUCAAGAAAUUAGAUUCAAUGCCCCGAUGAUUUCAAUUGAUCAGGUUCACCGGUUUACGGUAUUCUAUGGGACUUUUAUCGAUUGUCCCGAGUUGGGUCAACUAAGAAUUCGUUAUAAUACUUGUGUAGGUGUUCCGCUACGUGGGGAACAAAAGGGGAGUAUUCAAUUUGUAAAGGAAAGUUCAGAUCCAGUCGCUGAUGCUAUCAAUUAUGAUAGUACAUUACUGAAUAAUGAAGUGAAUCUUGUGUCUAGUGGUUCGGGGUUCUUUUUUCCGGGAUUUGUUGAUACCCAUAUUCAUGCAUCCCAGUAUCCAAAUGCUGGUAUUUUUGGUAAUUCAACGUUAUUGAAAUGGCUAGAGACUUAUACGUUUCCAUUGGAAGCUUCCUUGCACGAUCUGGAAACUGCUAAUGUGGUUUAUGAGACCGUGGUUCGCCGUACCUUGUCGAAUGGGACCACAACAGCAGCUUAUUAUGCAACAAUCGAUCCCAAAUCGACUAAAUUGAUGGCAAGGAUUUGUUCUUCUCGUAACCAAAGAGCUUUGAUUGGUAAGGUUUGUAUGGACCAAAAUUCGCCUGGUUUCUAUGUCGAAUCUACUGAUAGUUGUUUAAGGGGUUGUCAAGAAGUGGUCGAUUAUUUGCAAAACGAGUUGAAUGAUUCGAAAGUGGCACCAAUACUGACUCCAAGAUUCGCCCCCAGUUGUUCAAGAGAUCUGAUGACCCAAUUGGCGGCAAUGGCCGCGAAAGAUGACUUGCACAUUCAAACCCAUCUUAGCGAAUCAAUAAGUGAAGUGGAGUGGGUUAAAUCUUUGUUUCCUGAAUGUGAGACUUACACACAAGUCUAUGAUCGAUUCAAACUAAUAACUGAGAAGACAGUGCUGGCUCACUGUAUUCAUCUAACUGACGCGGAGGCAAAGUUGAUCAAAUCAAGGAAAGCGGGAAUUUCCCACUGUCCAAUAUCAAACUCUUCCCUCACUUCAGGUGAAUGUAGAGUACGCUGGCUACUGGAUCAAGGCUUGAAAGUGGGUCUUGGUACAGAUGUUUCUGGUGGGUUUACUUGUAGCGUGCUGGCAACAGCUAGACAUGCUCACUUGGUCUCUAGACAUUUGGCAAUGAAGGAGCAGGACCCUGAGUUGCGUGAACACCUCAAACUAUCAGUUCCGGAACUAUUGUACCUCUCAACCAUGGGUGGAGCCGACGCUCUAAAUAUGGGGGAUCAGAUAGGUUCAUUCGACGUCGGUAAACAAUUUGACGCACAGCUGAUUGGCCUCGAGAGUUCAGGCUCAAAUGUCGAUGUUUUUACAUGGCAACGUCCAGGCGCCAAGGCUUCUAAGACCUCACCACCUUUAUUGACCAAUGAAGACUUGAUAGCAAAGUGGUUUUUCAACGGUGAUGAUCGUAAUGUUACGGGCGUCUGGGUCGAUGGUAUGCUAUCACAUUCUACUUGA